AUGCAAGCGACAAGAAGGCCGUUCUCAGCGCCCCUGCGACCCUCCAGCUCCAUCCGGCCGAAGAGCGCAAAGACUCCUAAGUUAAGCAACCUUGAGGACCAUUGCGCGAGACUGAGACAGCUGUCCUCUCUCGCCAAGACGCCCAGCGCUGACAAGGAAACGUUUCUUGCCGUUGUCGACGCGCUGGAGAAUGUGGACGCGUCAAGGAAGAACGCUGAUGCUUCCUCCCGUGCGCUGGCGGAGGAGCUCGAGGAGGUGAGGGAGCACAACAUGCUGCUGCAGGAGCAGAUGGUGGAGAUGGUGGAGAAGCUGAAGAUGUAUGAGAGAGUUCACAUCAUCGCAGAGGUUGUCAACAAGACAGAGAUAGAAGCAAGCCUGAGGGAUAUCAAUGCUGCCAUCCUCCGUUACAGCGGCACGAUGAAGGGCGGAUCAGAGGAACACGAGAUCGCAAUCGUCCCUCCCGCAGAGCUGGACAAACAUCCUGCCUCCUCCACCUCGCGCCCGAGCAGCCCAUCUCUGAUCGCGAAGCAGUCGGAGAUGGCGACGUUGCUGAGAAAGAACAGGGAGGAGCGAGAGGACACGCUGAACGAGACGACAAGAAGCGCCAUGUCCUCUCCUGCUACCGUGAUGGAGGGGAUAGACACCAUGCUGCUGCUGCAAGACAAGCUGAAGGCGCUGGAGAAGUUGGUGUUUGUGCUCAAGAAGCGAGUCAUCAUGUAUGAGAGCAACGAAGAGCUCUUCAACCUCAUGAACAAGUACAGCAGCGUCCACUCCCUCCUCGACAAGACGACGAAGAUCAACCAGGAGAACGAAAAGCUCCGCCUGCGAGAGCUUCGCUUUCAGAGUGAGCCCCUCCUGCGAUGGCGCGUCUGCUCGGAUGAGAAGUCGCGAGAGGUUCUUCCCUCUAUCCUCCUUGUCCUUCAGAACGAACUUGCUGCGUAUAAGUCGAUCGUGGACAAGCAUGCUCUUGAGGAGACGAAGAGGAGCGAAGGGAGUGACUCGGACGUUGAGUUUGUUCACAUCGACGAUAUCCUCCAGGACAACCUGCAAAUCAUGAACGGAGAUGACGGUCAUCUAACAGACAAGAUCGACUUCCUUCAUCCCGCGAGUGAAGAUGACAUGACUCGAAAGCUGAACUUGCUGGAACUGAACAACACGUGA